CAGGGUAUAAUGUUUAAGGUCAGCGACUGAGUAAGUCUUUCCAGUCGGGAAAAUGUCGGGCUCAUGUUGCCGUAAAUGGCUAAUGGCCGCGUGGUUAUUAUACACAGGACUUCCCUAUGCUAUGUCAGACUUAUUCCUUGUUGCCUCCACUUCACGGACCGUAGUCACCAAGGUCUUCAUCUUCAACACAAAUUCCUUCUCUGUUGCCGCUAAAAUCAAAGGACUGAAACAAGACUCUUCAGGUCUGCAAGCUGCAAGCGAAUGGGAUGUGUCAAUUUCGGCCAACAGCUUCGUGUCCAUAGAACUUCCUUCUGAUAUGAAUAUGAACGCUACUGGUAUUUAUGAUAACCACGCCAUCUCCGUCCAGUCAUAUUACGAUAUUUACCUGUUGAUGCAGAGUCAGACAUCAUCUGUCGGUAAUCUAAUCAGGCCGCAACAUAUUUUGCUGUUCGGUCUAGUCUUCUAUCCUAUAACGCCGAAAUGCCUUAACUACAACGUCCUACAUUUCAUGGCAAAAUAUACUACAACCAUUGACGUAGUAUUCCCCUCAAGCAAACCAAACACAUUGUUUGCUACGUUUGAAGGUAGUAGUUAUUACGGAGGAGACACCCUCGUCCUGGAACUCCUUGGAUAUGCCACAGCUAUGGUAGAGAGCAUUGAAGACCUGACUGGAACCAUUGUCAGAGCAAACGCACCAAUAGGUAUGUUCUCCGGGUGUGACUACAACGUUACACAAAACAUGCAUGACUACCGGUCAGACUGGGUUCUGGGACUGAAGGAUAUGGGUCGACAGUAUGUAAUCAUGGCACAUGAAGUCCCAAGCUUUUCGUACGAGAAGUAUGUAAUUGUUUCGGCGACAGAUAACACUACUGUCAUCAUCUACUCACAUGAUAAUUGCGAUGAAGUGCUUUUAGAACACAGCGGCGACAGUCACGUCGUAAGCUUGUCGUCCAUCAAUGAGGUCGUGGUGGCCGACAAGCUCAUCGUUGUGGUUCAUUUACCAUACAACAUGGCGGGAUACCAUAACAUGUAUUAUGUCAUGCCUGUUUCACUCUUUAAUACAGAAUAUGCAGCGCCAUCUUUCAAUGGUUUUCAAUUCAAAGUAAAAAUGACUUUCAAUAAUGAAAGUGAGAACUUUUUUGUGUUAGACGGACAAGGAGUUACAAUCGAAGUUCGCGAUCAUCAUCUCACUGAUUUCAUUGCUGUCGGAAUCAUAAAUGACGGCUUCUCUACAAACUCGAUCCAGCAUUUAAAAACGAACGACGGAUAUACCUUCGGUGGAUAUAUGUGGAGUGUAGAUAUUAAUGAAAGACUUUUUAUCACAUCUCUCGGCAGGAAAACAACAAGACAACUUACGUACCUAGCUCAAGUUUCAGCGAUACGUGACCACUUAAGUACAGAAAAAUCUAGCUCGUAA